CCGAAAGCAUUCUCAACCAAUGAAAACAAGGUCGUCACGCGGAAUGCCCCGGCAAUCAUAGCGCUCGAGCGUCAGCGCUGGGCGAGUUCGGUUGAUCCGGAAUGGUGACAGCUCGCGCGUGCGGAUGAUGGCGGUAAAUAACAGCGGAAAGAGAAUGUAAAAAUAAAACGCGAAUAUUUACCGUUAUUUUCCGAGUGAAAGCGGUUUGACGGGCUGUUUCGCGGAGGAAUCGCGCUGACGGGAUGUUUUGAAGCGAGUCCGCGGAUUUCUGUGUGACUUUAUUCUGUGUCUGCGGAUUGUGCGGGUUUUUGUUCAAUGGAUUUAAAGUAACGGUUUUCUCGCGCCGGUAUUACCGCACAAACACCGAGAGUCCGAUUACCGGUACUAGAGACUCCCGGAUCCGCUGCUGCCGCGGGUUCCGCGUGUGUCCCGUUGGAGCGUCUUUUGUUCUCGCGUGUUUAGCGUGAUGAAGCCCGUCACGCAGUCAGACAGCAGAACGCGUCUGCUCGGAUGCUGAACCUCAACACUUCACACAGUCGUGCGCUACACAAGCGGAUGAGGAGGGUCAUGGCAUGCGGUUCCUGACUCUGAGUGCUCAUGCGUGUUGGCAGACAUGGAUCGCUGUAAGCACGUGGUGCGUCUUCGUUUGGGUCAUGGCCACUCCAUCCUCAACCCGCAGAAGUGGCGCUGCGUAGACUGCGACACCACGGAGUCGGUAUGGGCCUGUCUGAAGUGCUCUCACGUGGCGUGUGGACGCUACAUGGAGGAACACUCGCUGAGUCAUUACCAGCAGACGCAACACCCGCUGGCCAUGGAGGUCCGUGAGCUGGACGUCUUUUGUUUUGCAUGCGGAGAUUACGUGUUGAACGAUAACGUGGAGGGAGACUUGAAGCUCCUGAGAGGUGCCCUGUCUACAGUCCGCAGCCCCGGUCAGCGCUCCCUGCGGUCGUCGGCGGCCGAUGGGGGUCUCCGAACAUGCGAGGUGACACGGGAGGGCAUGGGGAGGCGUCCGACCAUGCAGGCGGCUCUCUUGCACAGGCGGAAAUCUCUGCUUCGGAGUGCCCUGCGCCGCUGGAGCGGGCGGCAGCAGGAACAACAGCAGAUGCGUGAGGAGAAACAGGAGCAAGAAAGGGAGGAGAAGCGGCGGCAACGCAUGGAGGUUAAGAAGAGGCUCAUGGGAGAACUAGCUAAUGUUCCGCCGAGAAAAAGUGCACGGCUCCUCACUCAGGCUCCACGUCCCAUGCUUGCGCUCAUCCCGUCCAAGUUCCGUGACCCUCCAGAUCGGCUUCCGCCCAUUCUUAAGCAGACAUUGCUGCCGUUGUCCAACAAACCUCUAGCACGCAGAGCGCUCCGCGCGGGUAGGCUUCACCGAUACCGCACCUCGCAGGCAGCCCGCCGCAGAAAACUCGCACCCGGGGUCACAGGGCUGCGUAACCUCGGCAACACAUGCUACAUGAACUCCAUCCUUCAGGUGUUGAGUCACCUGCAGAAGUUCAGAGAGUGUUUCCUCACAUUGGACCUGUGCGAGACGGAGGAGCUGCUUGCCAAGACCCACCACUCGCAGAAUACGGUAGGAGGGGCAAGCGCCCUAACUGCGCUGGGUCGCAUGGGGAGGGCGACCGUGUCGCAGAACGUCCCGCCCUGUUUGAACGCCGCUGAACUGGUGCAACCUAAAGAGCCGCGUUCCUCAUCUCGGCAGCAGAUGUCGCUGUGUCACGAGCUGCACACUCUUUUUCGGGUCAUGUGGUCCGGCCGAUGGUCGCUGGUCUCCCCUUUUGCCAUGCUGCACUCCGUAUGGAACCUCAUACCAGCGUUCCGUGGAUACGACCAGCAGGAUGCGCAGGAGUUCCUGUGCGAGCUUUUGGAUAAAGUCCAACAGGAGCUAGAGUCGGACGGACCACGGAAACCUUUCUUGAUCCCGCUCACACAGCGGAAGCUCUCCAAGCAGGUGCUCAAAGUGCUCAACACUAUCUUCCACGGACAGCUGCUCAGCCAGGUAACUUGUUUGUCCUGUAAGCGCAAGUCAAACACGGUGGAGCCCUUCUGGGAUUUGUCUCUGGAGUUUCCUGAGCGAUACCACAGAAUGGAGAAGCCCAGUACUGCCACGUGUCAGCUGAGCUGCUCGCUGUCCGAGAUGCUCGCCAAGUUCACCGAGACGGAAGCGUUGGAGGGCUGCAUCUACGCGUGCAACUUCUGCAACAGAAGACGACGUAAAUCCUCCCAUAAGCCCCUGUCCUUGUCAGAGGCCUGUAAGCAGUUACUCAUCUGUCGUUUACCUCAGGUGCUGCGGCUACACCUCAAACGCUUCCGCUGGUCCGGUCGGAACCACAGGGAGAAGAUCGGCGUCCAUGUGGCUUUUGAUCAGGUCCUGAAAAUAGAACCAUACUGCUGCUCGGACGCCGUGCCUUCACCACGGAGAGAGGCCUACACUUAUGAUCUGUCUGCAGUAGUAAUGCAUCAUGGGAAGGGCUUUGGCUCAGGGCACUACACAGCCUACUGUUAUAACACUGAAGGAGGUUUCUGGGUUCACUGUAAUGACUCUGAGAUGAAUGUGUGCAGCGUAGAGGAGGUGUGCAGCACUCAGGCCUACAUCCUGUUCUACACGCAGCGCUCCUCAUAGACCCGUCUGCUUCUCUCUCUCGUCUCUUUCAAUCUUUCUUCUCUCUCUCUCUCGACUCUCUCGACUCUCUCUUCCUCUCUCUACUCUCUCUCCCUCUCUCUCUCUCUUUCUCUCUCUCUCUCUCUCUCUCUCUCUCUCUCUCUCUCUCUUCCUCUCUCUACUCUCUCUCCCUCUCUCUCUCUCUCUCUCUCUCUCUCUCUUUCUCGUGUCUUUCUUCUCUCUCUCAUUGGAGGUCUGUUUCUGACAUCAGCAGUGAGACUCGGAGACGUUGGUUUGUCUCUGCUGGCACAGUCACACUUUACCCAGGGCAUUCAGGACCAAACUACACUCACCUGCAGGGUCACGGAUAAACUCAAGUACUGACGUUCUUCUGCUGGCGAGAGAGAGACGGACGGACCCUCGUCCCGGAGAGCGACGUGGCCGCAAUACGAUCAUCAAACACACUGAAUCAGGAAUUCUUCACCUUUGAUACCAUGACUGUUUUCUACUCUCUUUCUACUCGGGAGAUAAAUCAGGACAACAGUAAACGCCUCUUCAAAUUUCAUCUGUGGUAAAUGACUGAACAAUCGAUGACGCUGAAUGUCUUUUAGUUGUGUGAUUGUGUGUGUGUGUGUGUGGACGGGUGUGACCUCUGACCCCCUUAACCUUAGUUCUGUGUCGUGAGAACACCUGUUAUCCACUUUAUUGAUCUUGUGGGAUCUUCCUGAUGAUAGUGAAUAAAGAACAAAAAAACUGAA